AUGGGUAAGAACAAGUCCGACGCCACCACGAUGGCGAAGCCAAGUGGGAAAUUAUCAGUCUCAGCUAUUGCAAGUAUGGAUCCAUCAUCUAGAGCUCCGAAAAAAGCUUCCUCUUAUACUGAUGGUAUAGAUCUUCCUCCUUCUGACGAAGACGAUGAGGGCCAUUCCGAUGAGGAGGAACAGACAGACAGGAGAAAGGCCAAGAGUGAACAAAGGCUUCUUCUUGAGAUCUCUGUGACUGAUAAGGAACGAAAGAAGCGAGAGGCGAAAGAAAGAUUAGCUAAAGAAGCUGCAGAGCAUGCAAAGAGGGAGGCUUUAAGGGACGACCGUGAUGCGUUCACUGUUGUUAUCGGAAGCAAGAUUGAAGGACAAGACACGGCGGCGGCGGAUGCCAAUGUUAAAGAUAUAACGAUCGAGUCCUUUUCUGUAUCUGUUCGAGGGAACGAGCUUCUGAAUAAUACUUGUGUUAAGAUAUCACAUGGGAAACGGUAUGGAUUGGUUGGGCCGAAUGGAAAGGGGAAGUCGACACUGUUAAAGCUUUUAGCGUGGAGGAAGAUUCCAGUUCCCAAGAAUAUUGAUCUUCUUCUUGUUGAGCAAGAAGUGGUCGCUGAUGAAACGAGUGCCCUGAAUGCAGUUGUUUCUGCCAAUGAAGAAUUGGUUAAGCUACGUCAAGAGGCUGAAGUUCUACAGAAUUCGUCUUCUGAUGAUAGUGGAGAAAAGCUUGGUGAAUUGUAUGAGAGGCUACAUAUAUUAGGGUCAGACGCUGCUGAAGCACAGGCUUCGAAGAUUCUUGCUGGGUUAGGGUUUACGAAAGAUAUGCAAGUGCGUCCGACUAAGUCGUUCAGUGGUGGCUGGAGGAUGCGAAUAUCGUUAGCUAGAGCUCUGUUUGUGCAACCUACUCUUUUGUUGUUAGAUGAGCCUACCAACCAUCUCGACCUGAGAGCUGUUUUAUGGUUAGAGGAGUACUUGUGUCGCUGGAAGAAGACGUUGGUUGUUGUUUCACAUGACCGGGAUUUCCUCAACUCUGUCUGCACGGAUAUCAUACAUUUGCAUGACCUGAAGCUACACUUCUACCGUGGUAAUUUCGACAGUUUCAAUGCUAGAUAUAUACAGCGUCGCAAUGAGAUGAACAAAAAGUACGUGACUUUCAAGAAACAGAUUAAAGCUCCAGAUGAGGACACAGUAGCAGAAGCUCCAGGAAAGUGGAGCGACUAUAGCGUGGCGUUCCAUUUUCCACAACCAACCGAGCUCACUCCUCCUCUGUUGCAGUUGAUUGAGGUGAGCUUCUCCUACCCCAACAGGCCAGAUUUCAGGCUCUCAGAUGUUGAUGUAGGUAUCGAUAUGGGUACACGGGUGGCUAUAGUUGGACCUAACGGAGCUGGAAAAUCCACUCUUUUGAAUCUUCUUGCGGGAGAUUUAGAUCCGACAGAGGGAGAAGUGAGAAGAAGUCAGAAGCUUAGGAUUGGAAGGUAUUCUCAGCAUUUUGUUGAUUUGCUAACAAUGGGGGAAACACCGGUUCAGUAUCUUCUUCGGCUUCAUCCUGACCAAGAGGGAUGUAGCAAGCAAGAAGCCGUGCGUAAAAAGCUUGGAAAGUUUGGGCUAUCAAGUGACGACCACUUAUCUCCAAUAGCGAAAUUGUCUGGAGGACAAAAGGCUAGGGUUGUGUUUACGUCGAUAUCAAUGUCGAAGCCACACAUUUUGCUUCUCGACGAGCCAACAAAUCACUUAGACAUGCAGAGUAUAGAUGCGCUGGCCGAUGCCCUAGCUGAAUUCACAGGAGGAAUUGUGUUGGUGAGUCACGACUCGAGACUCAUCUCCCGUGUCUGUGAGGAAGAGGAGAAUAGUCAAAUUUGGGUUGUAGAAGACGGAACUGUGUCUUUCUUCGAUGGCUCAUUUGAAGAGUACAAAGAAGAUCUCCAAAGAGAAAUCAGAGCAGAGGUUGAUGAGUGA